AUGGCGACCCGUGGAGGAGCGCAGCUUUCUUAUAUAGCCAGAAUCUCAGGCUCAGUCAAGGUCGAGUCCCAGGCGAAGUGGAUGGCUACUUUCGUGAAGGUCCGGAUCUGA